AUGCCCCAGAGGUUUCGUAUACCUCCCGUCAUUCAAUAUUUUGGGUCUAGAGACCCAUCCGAGCAUGUGGAAGCCUAUUGCUCGUGGAUGCAAAUCCAUAUAGCAAUGGACGUCAUGAUGUACCAGGAGUUCUCGAUCACGCUUAAAGGUUCCGCUUGGAGUUGGUACCGGCAGCUCAAACCAAAUUCCAUCAGUUCCUUCGCGGAGUUGAGCCGAUUAUUCCUUACCCAAUUCAUAAGUGGUAAGAGAAGUCGGAAACCCAACACCCAUCUGUUUGCUAUCAAACAAGAGCCGAAUGAAUCAUUGAAAGGCUACAUCGCCCGCUUUAAUGAGGAAGCACUGUUGAUAGAGGAUUACGCUGCUGUGUUCAACGGGCUAAGAGAAGGGAAAUUCGCUUUCUCCAUUGGAAAGAACCCGCCGAAGACGCUGGCUGAACUAGUUGCCCGAGCUCAAAAAUACACCAACGCGGAAGAAUUCUCCAAUGCCUGUAAAAAUGUCCAAGUGCCAAAGAUGAAUGAUAAAGGGAAGAGGCCUAGGAAUGGGGAAGCCCAGCCGUCCAGCAAGGGGACCAACGACCGCGCCCCUCGCGAUCGUCGUCCGAAUAGAAGGACGGAAGGAAAAUUCCAUUCUGACACCCCCCUUAACGCGUAUGCUGAGCAGAUGCUACUAGACAUUCGAAGAGAAAAACUGCUAAAUUGGCCUGUUUGUAUGAAGGCCGACUCGGAUCACCGAGACAAGCGUAAGUACUACCGAUUCCACCGAGAUCACUGCCACAAUACGGCCGAUUGUGUGGAUCUCAAGGAUGAGAUCGAAGCCCUUAUUCGGAAGGGACACCUGCGUCGAUACACCAAAGAGGGAAAAGCGGCUCGGAAAGAAGGAAGAGAGCGAGAGCGGCCAAAUAAUAUCACGGAAGAGCCCGCUGAAAUCCGUACCAUCUUCAGAGGUUUGUCUAGUGGAGGAGAUUCGAAUAGGGCGCGGAAAGCCCAUUCCCGGAAGCCUAACCUGGAACAUUACGUCCAUUUAACCGAGCAACCCAGUAAGGAACUCCGCGUCAGCCCAUGCACUUUAACCUUCACAGAAGAAGACGCACGCGGAAUCCAGCAUCCACAUGACGAUGCCCUGGUGGUUACUAUGACCAUAGCGAACCGUAAAGUAUACCGCAUCUUGGUUGACACCGGGAGCUCAGCCGACAUGAUGUAUUCCGAAGCCUUUGAAAGAAUGGAGAUUCUGAGGUCUCAUCUCAGGCAUGUGAAGACCCCACUGCACGACUUUGCCGUGGAAAGAGUGAUCUCCGAAGGAGCCAUCUCCCUCCCGGUGACUGCGGGAAAAGGAUAA